CCGAGCCGGGGGUGGGUGCGUGGUUUGGGGGGUAGGUUGGAGGAGUUCCGCCGGAGUUUGAAGAAGUUUCCCCCGCUGCUGUUGCGUUGGCAGUUUGACUGUAAAAGAUGCUUCCCGCAGCGCUCACCGUGUUACUGACUUUAUUCAGCCUCACUGAGAGCAAACAGAAAGACUUUUAUACUUUUAAAGUCGUGAACAGCAGGGGGAAGUUAGUGUCCCUAGAAAAGUACCGGGGCUCGGUUUCGCUGGUGGUGAAUGUAGCCAGUGAAUGUGGCUUCACUGAGGAACACUACAAAGAAAUGCAGCAGCUCCAGCGAGACUUUGGGCCGUACCACUUCAAUGUGCUGGCCUUCCCCUGCAACCAGUUUGGGCAGCAAGAGCCUGGCAGCGACAAGGAGAUCGACAGCUUUGUUCGCAGAGUCUACGGAGUCUCCUUCCCUCUGUUCAGUAAAAUCGCUGUAGUCGGAACUGGAGCCAACAAUGUCUACAAGUACCUUGUUGAGUCUUCUGGAAAAGAGCCUGACUGGAAUUUCUGGAAAUAUCUCAUUGAUGUAAACGGCAAAGUGGUAGACGCAUGGGGACCAAAAGUUUCUGUCAAAGAAAUCCGACCCAAAAUAGCUGAAAUGGUGCGGCAGAUAAUCUUAAAGAAGAAAGAAGAGCUUUAACCUACAAUUAAAAGAUCCUUCAGUGUUCUGCAGUAUAUGUACAUGUACUAAUGCAUGAGCCAAAGGGGUUAACUUAACACAGUUAUUUUGCUUGUACAAUCAGACUUUGUUAGAAUAAACCAUUCAAUUCCAGUCACGUUGUGAAAGCAAAUGCCCCUUGCUUUCUGAAAGCACUGAUGAAACACCACUAUGUUUUUAAAGUCAAUGUCUGUUUUCUAACAGGUGUAUGACAUUUGAAUCUGCAGCUUUACCCAAAGACCUCCUGUUUCCCAUUUGUUAGUCACAAGGAUUUUGUGUUUGUUUUUUUGUUCAUUCUCAUUUGUGGAAUAAACUUUUACUGUGAUGA